AAGAACAGUUUGGAGUCCGAGGACGUAAAGGCCAAAAAUUGGCGCUGGCAGUAUCAUCACAAUGUUACAAACGUUGUGACUCGGACAGAUGUCAAAAAGGCGCCUCCACCAAUACAGAGCCCUAUGUUCUCAGGAAAUGCUUACUUUGUGGUUUCAAGAGAGUUUGUGGAGCACAUCUUCAAAAGCAAAGAGAUUCAAAACUUCAUGGAAUGGGAGAAAGACACGUACAGUCCAGAUGAGCACAUGUGGGCUACGUUACAGCGGAUGCCUUCAGUACCAGGAUCUAAUCCUUCAAACAUCAAGUACCAACAAUCGGACAUGAACGCGAUUGCUCGUCUGGUGAAGUGGAGCUACCAUGAAGGAGAUCUAAAGAGUGGAGCUCCCUACCCACCAUGCACUGGAACGCACAGACGGGCAGUGUGUGUCUAUGGAGCUGGGGACUUG